AAGAAGAAAAGCGACUGCUUCUCUUUUCUCUCUCUCUCUCUCUCUCUCUAUCUCUAUCUCUCCAUCUCUCUCUCUCUCUCUCUCUGGCUUGAGUUUUCCUUUAGAGACAUAUAUCAGUCCCUCAAAGCUUCCAUUUUUAAUUUUUUUAUAUAUAGUAUGUAACUUCCAUCUCUCUUUUUCCAGAAGGUGAUUGCAGAAAUAUACUUACUGCUUAGAGCAAUAAAAAGAAAGGGAGAGAAAGAGAAAGAAAGAGACGACAGUCGGAGGCGACAACACACAGUGAGAGAGAGAAGGAAUUCGUGAAGCUUUCAAUACCAUAGAAGGGAAAACGAUGUCUAAGAGCUUUACAUCCUUUCACUCUCUGCAAUUCUAAGAGCAAGUGAAGCUUGGAGUGUGUCUUGUCUGUCUGUCUGUGUUUGUGCGCCUGAAAAGCCAAAGCGAGAGAUGAUGAUGAUGAAGAAGAAGAAUAUUCUGAUAUGGGACUAGUAGCACCACCGCUUCCACCAGUUAUUUCUCAGUAUUCGAAGACCCACCACUCAAUUCCAAUCCCAGAGAAGUCCAAUAAUUCUACCAAUUCUAUGUCCCAAGAGUACCACCACCACCAUCACCAACCAGGCAUCUUCAGCUUCUCCAAUGGGUUUGAAAGAUCGGCCGUGGCACACCAAGACCAACAACAACAGCAACAACAUCACAUAGCCCAGCAGAUCCGCAGGGACAAACUGAGAGUGCAAGGCUUCGAAGCCCCACCGCCACCACUAGUGGGGAUAGACGACGAAGAAUCAGGUGGCCUUCAGGUCUAUGAGACUGCUGGGAUGUUAUCAGAGAUGUUCAAUUUCCCUCAACCAGGGGCUGCUACUACUGCUACGGCUUCUGCAGAAUUGUUAGACCAACCCCUAACGCAAAAUUAUCAUCGAAUUCCGAGGCCACAACAGCCCGGUGUGGGUGUAGCAAACGAGUGGUACGGAAAUAGACAAGGCAUGGUUGUGGGGUUAGGACCCUUGGGAGAUUCAAAGAAUCAGACCAGUGUGAAUAGCCGUGACAGUCUAUCUCAUCAAUCUCAGCCCCAGCAUCACCAUCAUCAUGCUCAGAUUUCUAGCAUUAAUGCGGACUCAGCCGCUGCCAUGCAGCUUUUUUUAAUGAAUCCACAACCAAGAUCUCCAUCUCCUCCACCUCCAUCACAAACAGCUUCAACUUCUUCUACUCUACACAUGUUGCUUCCAAAUCCUUCCUCUUCACUUCAAGGUUAUGCUCCUGCUCCUCACUCAGCUGGUGCUGGAGGAGGGGGUUAUGGUCAAUUCUCUUGGGUUCCUGAUCAUGAACCAGGUGGGUCUACUGCUACCCAACUCAACAACCCUAGUGAAAUUGGAGGGGUUGUGGAAAGCCAAGGCCUUUCAUUGUCUUUAUCAUCUUCCUUGCAACAUCUAGAAGCAGCUAAAGCUGAAGAAUUGAGGAUGGGUGAUGCUGGUAUGUUGUACUACAAUCAAAGUGGUGGGGCAUCAUCGUCCACUCAUCCAUACUAUAAGAAUUUGGGUGGUGGUCAUAGUCAUAGUAACCAGUCAUUGCAUUUACAAGGAGUGGCUCAGAAUCACCACCAGGUUCAUGUUGGAUUUGGGUCCUCUUUAGGUGUUGUGAAUGUGUUGAGGAAUUCAAAGUAUGCCAAAGCCGCCCAAGAGUUGUUGGAAGAGUUUUGCAGUGUUGGAAGGGGUCAGUUCAAGAAGAACAAGUUUGGAAGGCAAAACAGUACCACUAACCCUAAUUCCAAUCCAGGUAAUAGUGCUGCUGGUUCUUCAUCAACACCAAAGGAUCUCCCUCCAUUGUCAGCAGCUGAUAGAAUUGAGCAUCAGAGAAGGAAGGUCAAACUUCUAGCCAUGCUUGAUGAGGUGGAUCGAAGAUACAACCACUAUUGUGAACAAAUGCAAAUGGUAGUGAACUCAUUCGAUCUGGUUAUGGGUUUUGGUGCUGCUGUCCCUUACACUGCCCUUGCACAAAAGGCAAUGUCUCGGCAUUUCCGGUGUCUGAAGGAUGCAAUAUCAGCACAAUUGAAACACAGUUGUGAGCUACUAGGAGAGAAAGAUGGUGCGGGGAGUUCAGGAAUAACGAAGGGAGAGACACCAAGGCUGAAAAUGCUAGAGCAAAGCCUAAGACAGCAAAGAGCUUUCCAUCAAAUGGGUAUGAUGGAGCAAGAAGCUUGGAGACCCCAACGAGGGUUGCCUGAACGUUCAGUCAACAUCUUGAGAGCCUGGCUUUUUGAGCAUUUUCUUCAUCCGUACCCAAGUGAUGCAGAUAAACAUCUGCUGGCACGUCAGACUGGUUUAUCGAGAAAUCAGGUUUCAAACUGGUUCAUUAAUGCUCGGGUCCGGUUGUGGAAACCCAUGGUGGAAGAGAUGUACCAACAAGAAACGAAAGAAGAGGAUUCACCAGAAGAGAGAGAAAAAGAUAGCAGCAGUGGCCUUAUUGCACAAACUCCAACGCCCACAACGACAGGUACCACAACAGCAUCAACGACAACAACACCAACAACAACAACAACAACAACAAUAUUAACAACUACUACGCCAACAGGCAAAAGAUCCGAUAUCAAUGCGUGUGAAAGCGACCCUUCACUCAUCGCAAUGAAUAGACAAUGCUUCUCGGAAAACCAAGCAAAGCAGCAGCAACCCAAUACCACAACAAUGGCCAACAACACCAACACCAACACCACCAUUGCAACCACAAUGUCCGACGUGGCAGCGCCAGUUUCACAGUGUUUCUCGACGACCCAUGAUUCGGACAUGCAGCACAAUAAUACUGUUUCUUCUUCUACUACUACUCACAGUCACAGAGCAGCAAUGGCUGCCGCCGAGGACACGUGUCGCCGUGGCAGUGUGGUUGCAGCUGAGUUUGGGACCAUCUCUGGUAAUGCUGACAUUGGCUCCACCCUCAUUAGGUUUGGGACCACAGCUGGUGAUGUGUCACUAACUCUAGGGCUACGCCAUGCCGGGAACAUGCCCGAGAAAAGUUCUUCUUUCUCAGUUAGAGACUUUGGGGGUUGUUAAAAUUUGCUUCUAUACUAUAGUAGCUUAAUUAAAGCAACAAAGAUUAUCUUCUUCUUCUUCUUCUUCUUUUUUUUUUUUUUUUGAAACUUUGUAGCAUUAAGCUUAGAUAGUUUGUAUGGGGGGAGGGGCUAUUAUAAUUGUAUAGUAGAUUGUUCAUGCAUAUUUUGCUUUUGUGUACUUAAGGUUUUUAUACCUUAAUAGGAGCAUUUACUAGAACAACAUAAUACCAUAUUUUAAUGAGAGAGAUGGGGAAGAGAGAUUUAUAAGCAUUAGGUUUUUAAAUGGGAGGUAAUAUUAUAGGAUGAUAUUAUCUUAUUUUCUGAUAUUUUGAAUAAUGACAAAAACCCUACAGAUGGGCUUAUUUA